UGCGGGCUCCGUGUGCCGCCCGCCUCUGCCGGGCGCGGGGCUGAGCGGGCCAGGUGCUCUGUGUGCUUAACUCCCACCACCCGCUGCUGCCCCGGCCGCAGGACAGCUGCUUUCUGCUGGGGAAGGACGUCAGCAGUUAAGAAAUUCACCCCUGGGAAACGGUCACGACAGCUGCCAUGCAGAAGUACCCAAACCCCAUGAACCCCAGCGUGGUUGGAGUGGACGUCCUGGACAGACACAUAGACAGCAGCGGGAAGCUGCACAGCCACCGGCUGCUCAGCACCGAGUGGGGAAUCCCAUCCAUCGUGAAAUCGCUCAUUGGCACGAGCAGAACGAAGACGUAUGUUCAGGAGCACUCCAUCGUUGACCCCGUGGAGAAAACAAUGGAGCUUAAAUCCAGUAACAUUUCAUUUACAAACCUAGUGUCGGUAGAUGAGAGGCUUGUCUAUAAACCACACCCUCAUGAACCAGACCGAACCAUUUUGACACAAGAAGCAAUAAUAUCUGUAAAAGGCGUCAGUCUCAGUAGUUACCUAGAGGGAUUAAUGGCAAACACGAUUUCUUCCAAUGCUAAUAAAGGCCGUGAAGCAUUGGAAUGGGUAAUAAAUAGACUCAAUGCUGAAAUUGAGGAGUUCACAGCUUCGGCGAGAGGAACGAUGAGGAAUUCAAUGGCGGCAGCAGCAUUUGUAGAGAAAUGAUAGUAAAUAUAUUUGUAUUACUAACAAGGAUUAGCAAUCUAAAGCUUCUCUCCAAACAUAAAUAUAUAUAUUCUUUGUUAUUUAAGGGCAUACCUAUGUAUUAGGUAUGUUUCAAAUUUAGUUUGGAGAAAAGCCAAAUUCUUACUAAUGAGGUUGAUUGGCAAAGCUUAAUUAAUAUAUUGGUUCAGCUGGACCGAACUUCAGUUGCAGAUGAAGAAAUAAUUUUCACGUGUAGUUCCUGUAUUUACAUGAACACUAACUUAUAUUUUCAGACAAGAAAUAGCCUCGUUUAGAGAGGAGGCUGUAUGUGCUGGGGGAGACUGGCAUGUUUGGUUGACUUCUGUGGAACUUUUGGUUUUGUGUGACUUACGGACUACCUCUUGGGACCAAGCCCAGAAUUAAGGAGAAUGGUUUGUUCCAGCAUUGUUCUGUUCGUUACGUAUUGAUAGUUGUAUGAUACAACUUGGUUUAACAAAAAGUUUAUUACUUGAAGCUUGAAAUACAAAAGAAUGUAGAAAAUAUUUUUGAUACGCUUUUUAACUAGUUCGACUGGUUGAGCUAACCUGGUACUCAUGUUCUCUUUCAGUCAGUAUAGGUAAAUCAGAAGUGUCUCUAAUCUGCUAACACCUAAAUUCUGUUCCUCAAUUUGAUACCGCUGGGCUGGACAUGCAGAAAUGUGAGAUAAAACUUAAACUUAUGGAAUAAGUGUCUCCAUUUCAAAGACCCCAUUAAAUAAAGGGUACAAUAUGCACAGAGCCUUAAAAUUUCAUAAGCUGAUGGCACUUCUGAGAAUAGCUGUUCACUCCAAAAUUUCAAGGAAUCAUGUGAAGGACUGGAAAAUAUUGUUGAAGCUGAAUAGAGAGAUACCUGAGCAUAAAAGGAAGUAAUACUAAGAACACUAACAGUAUACUCAUUAACUUGAUCAUGUUCUGGAAAUAACUUGUUACACAAACUGAACAUUUUGUUGUCCUUUGAAUUGAACGUAGUGUUCUAAGUUUUAGAAGGUCCUUUACAUUUUAAGCUUAUUUGCUCAUAAAAUAAGGCUCUUUAAAUGAAAACCUUGAGUUUUCUACACUUUGUUUCCUGGUACUUGCUACAGAUUCUUGGUACUGACUCCAGUGAUUAGCUGUGGGAACUUAAAGCUCCGACGCUGACAUCCUUAUUUAAAUAAUACACCAGUCUGCUGGUAGUCCUGUUGACUUCAGCAGAGGCUGCCUGUUCCCAUCUGGCUCCCUCAGUGUGAAGAAAUAAUGGGAAAAUCCAGCCCCAGGUCAGCUGGUGCUUCAUUCUGGUGCCAGGGACUUUUCCUGCAAUUUUGAUUCUAAGCUUACAAGUAAUCUCAAGACUCUCUUAGCCUUUAAGAACUGUAAUGUCACCUGUUCCAGCAUAUUUUAUGUUGCAUGCCAUUUCUGUGCCCAUUGAAUAGUAUCUGCUAUAUAGAGAAACAGCUUAUUUUAAGUGGGAAACUUAGAGGUGGAAAAUAAUGAGUAGGAAAAAAAAAAAAGAGGUAUGUAUAUAUACACAUCUUUUAAAAGUUUAACUAUUCUAAAUAUUUUUCUAAAACAAAUGAUUUGAAAAUACCUUUAUAAAAUGAAACUGUGCUUUGUCAUGCUUUUACAGAAGAUUAUUACAACUGACAAAGCAUUUCAACUUAAGUGUAUUUGAAACUUCUGCAAAACUGUACUGUAACUUCUGAUUAAAAAAAUGCAGUGCUUGGAAGUGACUUCAGAUGUGCGUUUAACUUUCAGCAUCACUUGGUGUUUUAAAGUCAAUUUUAUCUUUUCCUAAUUUUUAUGCACUAAGGGCCUUCAUAGUACAAAUUCAGUUUGCCCUUGCACUGAAAAAAUUUCAGGCUAUUUAAUUUUUGCAAGCAUUCAACAACUUCUUCAAAGAUCAUUUUCUUUGUUCUAUUUUAUUUAUAUGCCUGCACUCUCAUUCUUCCAAGGGAUAUUGCUUUCUGUAUGUGGUGGUUUUUUAUUUUAAAUAAAACGUUAUCUGAGUUCUGCCUGGUUCCUGAAACUGUGUUCUAUUCGUUUCUUUUAAUUGCUAGGUUAGUAAUGUGGGUGGGGCAUGGAGGUGAAGGAACAGUCUAGAGUUAAUAGCUUAUUUUAUUCAAAUGUUUAUCUUCAAAUGUACAUUUGUAAGUGGCAAUAAAUUAAACCUACUUGCA